AUGGGUCAGACAAGAGGCUCCGUCAUUCAGGCUGAUUCUGUGGUACCUCAUCUGGAGAGUUUUUGGGGUAGUCAUUCAGGUCAUCAGGGCCAGCAGUCUCAGCACUCGAGGGCUUGCUACACUUGUGGUGAUAUGGGUCACAUUGCUAGGUUUUGCCCUCGAACACCGAGUAGCUCUAAGCAUCAAGGUUCCCGUGUCAUGAUUCAGGCACCAAGUGUCCCACAGCCCGCCCAUCUAGCUAGAGGUGGUGGUAGAGGUGCUAGAGGUGGAGGUAGAGGUAUUAGAAGUGGAGCUUAG